AACUAUACUUCUCGUUGUUUGGACCAUUGGAAAACCCUAACGAGGUACGAGCUCAUUCUCCCCCAAAGCCUAAUCACUCUCCAGGAUCAAACUUCGGAUCCUCAAGAGGGGAGGAGCAAUGGCUUCUCUUUUCAAGGAUCCGAACAAGCUUUCGGCUUACAGGGACCGGAGGUUCUCGGGCACACAGGAGGAGUACGAGCACGCGCUGCGGACCUCGACGACGCUUUACGUGGGGAAUAUGUCCUUUUACUCCACCGAGGAGCAGGUUUACGAGCUCUUCUCCCGUGCCGGAGAGAUCAAGAAGAUCAUCAUGGGUCUUGACAAAAACUCCAAGACACCUUGUGGCUUUUGCUUCAUCCUGUACUAUUCUCGUGAAGAUACUGAGGAUGCAGUAAAAUAUAUAAGUGGAACUAUCCUAGAUGAUCGUCCAAUUCGUGUGGAUUUUGACUGGGGAUUUGAAGAAGGCAGGCAAUGGGGUCGUGGUCGAAGUGGUGGUCAAGUGAGAGAUGAGUACCGAACUGAUUAUGAUCCUGAUAGAGGCGGUUACGGAAAACUAGUGCAGAGAGAACUUGAAGCACAGAGACAGUUGGUGGAUUAUGGUGCAGGUUCACUGGGGGCUUUUCAGCCAAGUUAUAGCAGACAUGAUGGUGACCGACGAGGGCGUCCAAACAACAGAUAUGAGAGAGAUCAUCACCAUCACCACCACCAUCAUCAUCAUCGGAAGCGCCAUCGGGAGAAUGAACAUUCAGGUCACGAGACAUCAAGGAGAACCUCUGACUAUGAUUCCAGGAGACCCUCUGAUCAAGAUUCUAGACAGGAGAAGAACCCACGGUUCCGAGACAGUGGUGACUCUGAAGAGGAUGAAGACGAUGACAGGAAGAGGCGCCGAUAGGAAUUCUGAAUACAUCUUUUAAUGUAGGAGAAAGGAAAUUGAUAUCAUAAGUUUUUCUCCUUACAGCUCACAGCUUGCAUACUUCAAUCAAACUAGGUUUUCUAUGGGAAUCUAUGAUGUAAUUUAAUAACUUACUGCUUAAAUGUGGUGGCAAAGUGCCCUUUAUACAAUUUGGAAUGGCAUGUACAAAUUUUCAGUUAUAUUUGACUGUUGAUUCCUUCAAUUAGAGUAUGUUUGGCA